AAUAUGAAAUUACAAAGCUAAGAGUAUGUUAUCUUUAGGUUUAUGUUCUUAAAUUCAUUAAGGUGAGCUGCAAGGUUACGUCCAUGCAUUUUUUUGCUGUGCUGAAAUUUAAACACCAAAAUAAUUUGUAGUCAAGUUUAUUUCUCUUAUAUAUUAUGUCUUUUUAAAGCUGGAGAGUAAUACAAAUUCAAUGGUUUUUCUCCAGAAUAACUGCAAAGGUAUGUUUGUUUUACUAGAUGAUAAGAUUCAAAAAGAUAAAUGAAAUCAUCGAACUUGUCUUUUCUUUUACAUCAUUUUUAGUGUUUAGGUUAUUGUAAGAAAAUAUCUUUAUUUAUUUAUAUAUAUCCUAUUAUCCACAGGUCAAGAUGCCAAGAGGAUCAACCACCAAACGUUGUGUCAGCUGCAAGGAAGUGAUUGGUGUUGCUGCAAAGACUUGCAAAAUAUGCAAGGCAGUCCAGCCAACCAAACAAAGGCUGGCCAAAAAACUUGACAAAUUUAAAGCUGAAAAGGAGGGUUGGUUAGAAAACCAAAAAAAAAAAAAAAAACUACCUCACAUGUUCUGGACGAGGCAUGGAUUUUGGUACGUGUUUGACAUUUGCAAUAGUACUUCACGUAUGUAUUACUGAUGAUAUGACAUUAAUUUUCUUUUUAGGUGGAAAAGUUGCAUACAUUGGGCCACAAAGCUGUGGUGUUCAUUGCACGACCUGGAAAAAAGACCUCAACAGUUCAUACGCACAUCAUUCACCCAAAGUGGCAUUUGGCAGAUCAUGCUGGGAAGUGUAUUGACAGGAUGAAAGUUUUGUUUGGGAUUGUAAUCUCUGGUUGGACAAACCCACAACCGUCCACCACGCCAGCCAUUCAGCCGUCGACCUCCACAGCCAUCCAGCCGUCCUCCACACCAGCCAUCCAGCCGUCAACCUUCACAGCCAUCCAGCCGUCCUCCACACCAGCCAUCCAGCCGUCAACCUCCACAGCCAUCCAGCUGUCCACCACACCAGCCAUCCAGCCGUCCUCCACACCAGCCAUCCAGCCGUCAACCUCCGCAGCCAUCCUGCCAUCCACCACACCAGCCAUCCAGCCGUCCACCACACCAGCCAUCCAGCCGUCCACCACACCAGCCAUCCAGCCGUCCACCACACCAGCCAUCCAGCCGUCCACCACACCAGCCAUCCAGCCGUCCACCACACCAGCCAUCCAGCCGUCCACCACACCAGCCAUCCAGCCGUCCACCACACCAGCCAUCCAGCCGUCCACCACACCAGCCAUCCAGCCGUCCACCACACCAGCCAUCCAGCCGUCCACCACACCAGCCAUCCAGCCGUCCACCACACCAGCCAUCCAGCCGUCCACCACACCAGCCAUCCAGCCGUCCACCACACCAGCCAUCCAGCCGUCCACCACACCAGCCAUCCAGCCGUCCACCACACCAGCCAUCCAGCCGUCCACCACACCAGCCAUCCAGCCGUCCACCACACCAGCCAUCCAGCCGUCCACCACACCAGCCAUCCAGCCGUCCACCACACCAGCCAUCCAGCCGUCCACCACACCAGCCAUCCAGCCGUCCACCACACCAGCCAUCCAGCCGUCCACCACACCAGCCAUCCAGCCGUCCACCACACCAGCCAUCCAGCCGUCCACCACACCAGCCAUCCAGCCGUCCACCACACCAGCCAUCCAGCCGUCCACCACACCAGCCAUCCAGCCGUCCACCACACCAGCCAUCCAGCCGUCCACCACACCAGCCAUCCAGCCGUCCACCACCCCAGCCAUCUCACAGCCAACCCAUAUGUAAAAUCAUUACACUUUAGUAGUGUGAUAAAAUAUUCUGCUGAAUUACAUGUUGAAAGGAUAAAAUAUGUUAAGAUUGGUGAGGGAUACUACAAAAAUAGCAUUCUUUUUGAAUUUAUAUCACACUGGACAUACUACCAUCUUCAAUGGAAUACAAUAUAUACUAUUUGACAACAGACUUUUACACAAUGAUAGCAAUUCUUUACCGAAUGCUUAUUUAUUUCUAACACAUGUUCCUGCAAAGAAGAGGAAAAAACAAGAUUACAAGGAAGAUUCAUCUGGAGGUUAUGGAUUAUCUUUAAUUUACAUUUAACUGAUUCUGAUACAAAUUAACAUUUUAAUGUGUCUCGUAAAUGAGAAGUCUAAUGUCUUCAACCAAUCAACGGUGCAAUUUUUCAUAGAUAUAUGUUCCUGUGAACGUUACAAAAAAUAUAUCAGAAAAAUGCAAAAAAAUUAAUAACAAAGGUAAACUUGCAAAAUAUAAAUAGAUAGACCGAUGGAUGAAUAGAUGGAUGAACAGAUGGACAGACUGGCGGAGAGAUAGAUAAACAUGCAACCAUCAAAAAUCCAAGCAAAAAAAAUGGUUAGAUAAGUUGUACUCAAGCCGAAAUGCUCUUGUAGUCUAUGUUGCCACCAGUAGUUAUAUUCCUUUAGUCACUGGAAUGUAUUAUAUGUAUACUUUAAAAUAAAGAAAGAAGAAUUAGAAUAUGAAAAUUGCCCAUCACACUUGUUCCAUGCAAAUUGUCAAUUUACAAUUAUAUUACAUUGUACAGUAAAGUCAAUGUCUUGGUACCUUUAACAUUUUUUGGUUCAUUAUUAAUUGUGCUAUUACAUUUACAGAAUGCAGCCAUG